UGCACUACUCUUCUCUCCAUCUUCUUUUCUCCUUCAAGAAACAAUAAUGGCUUCUGUAUUGCAUAAACUUGUUCUCCCUGUUCUUGUUUUGUUCUGCUGCUUGUUUUCUUGUGUACCCCAAUGCGCCAAUGCUCAUCCUCUCAAGAUUUGCAAGUUUGAUCAGAUUUACCAACUCGGCGACUCUAUUUCCGACACUGGAAACUUGAUCCGGGAGAUCCCAAUUGGGGCGGCCACGGCAUUUGCAAGACUACCAUACGGCGAAACGUUCUUCAAGAACGCUACCGGACGUUGCUCCAAUGGCCUUCUUAUGAUUGAUUAUAUUGCAAUGGCUGCCGGCCUUCCUUUUCUUCCACCAUACAAGAACUUGGAUGCUGCAGAUUUUGAGCAUGGCGUCAACUUUGCCGUGGCAGGUUCCACCGCAUUGCCAUCUCAGGUGUUGGCUGCCCAACACAUAUUUUCUCCGGUGACUACCAGUUCUCUCAACGUCCAAUUGCACUGGAUGUUCACCCAUUUCACUUCCAUUUGCCUUAAUUCUAGAGAUUGUGCUGAGAAACUCCAAAAUGCUCUGUUCAUGGUUGGAGAAAUCGGUGGAAACGACUACAACUAUGCGAUUUUUCAAGGAAAAACAAUGGAGGAGUUGAGAAGCAUGGUGCCCGAUGUUGUUGCUACCAUCGUCGAUGCUGCCAGGAAAGUAAUUGAAGUGGGGGGUAAAAGAGUGGUAAUCCCUGGAAACUUCCCCAUCGGUUGCCUCCCGAUUUACAAAACAGCCUUCCAAACCAACAUCUCUGCAGCUUAUGAUAAGAAUCACUGCCUAAAGCAUCUGAAUGACUUCGCCAAAUACCACAAUAAAGAGCUGCAAAACGCCAUCCACACACUCAAACAAGAGAAGCCCAAUGCUGUGAUCGUCUACGGGGAUUACUACAACGCCUACCAAUUUCUACUCCGAGUUGCAACUUCUCGCGGAUUUGAGAGAGAAAGAGCUUGCUGCGGAACAGGAGGAAAGUACAAUUUCAACAUGACGACAAUGUGUGGAGGUGCAGGUGCUAAAGUAUGCUCGAAUCCAGAACGAUACAUGAGUUGGGACGGAGUGCAUUUGACUCAACAAGGCUAUAAGAUCAUGGUUGCAUGGCUUGUCAACAACAUCUUCCCGCACCUCCUCUGCCAUAUUUGAAGUUCAGUAGAGUUUAUAGGCUACAAAACUAGCUUAGAUAGUGUUUUCCUUUCUCUUAUGUACCUCGCUACAAUGAACUGUCACUAGAGAAUAUUUA